UUUUGGUGCAUUUGACAGCGCUGACCUACAUUGUACCAAAUGCAUGUGCAUGUCUUUUACUACACGCGGGUCCAACAUAACGAGUGCAAAGUGGAACUUUGAGACAAGAACAGGAGGUGAGCGUUUUCUGGCGCCUUUUAGAGGAGACCUUUUUGUGUUCAGGUGUUUAUUGUUGGCUUCCUCUUCUCUUUUUUGGGAGGAAUCUGGCUGUAGUUUCUUUGAAUUUUCAUUCUGCCUCACCACAACCCCACUUCUAUCCCCUGGGCAACUGGAAAGCCCCGAGGAUGGCAAACGGGCGGUUGGCCUUUGCCUGAAGUAGUGCUGACAGGGCUGUGGUGCGUUGAGUUUCCCCUUUCUUUUUCUCGAGUAGUCGGUGGUUUGCCUUUUCUCUACGUAGCAUCGAGGGAGAAUAUGUGAACGCGAGAUGCGCUUGCAACAAGAAAGGCAGGAAUCGUCGCGGCCCCGGUUGAGCUUUUUUCAGUUUCAGGGCGAGGGCAACCUGCAGGCAGCCACACGGGCCUGUUGUGCAGACGGGCCCGAUCUGACCUCUCACCGGGCCUCAAGCAGAAGUGGCCGUGACUCCUCAGGAUGAGACAACACGCGAAAACCCAGCUUUGUGUUACUGCCCUCCCUCUACAUCCACCCUCUUCCCCUUCAAAGGCCAAACAAGGCAGUUCACGCCGAGUGUGACAACAGGAGCAUCCUCGCCCGAUGGCAACACGGAAGCUUGCAGCGCACUUGUGGUGAAAUGACGGCGCCACUGCUGUCUGAGUUAGUUCACGCGGACCCUCCGCUGACGUACAGUAGUUUCUGAUUGAGAAACGCGUUUCCCGUGACCUGGCCAGUUUCUUGCGCAAUGGCCACACAAGACACGAGUCAUUAGUCAUUAUUUUACCAGAUUAAUUGCUAAUUGUCAGGGCAAUCAAUACUAAUUCAUACUAAUAUUAAUAUUUGUGCACGGGGAACAACCCCCCCAUCUUCCAGCCCACAAUCCUUUCACCUUCUCACCUUCGGUCCCUAGGGGGCAGCAGGGAGCUCCCCUGCGGAUGAACCGUGUCAAAGGUUAAGUUGAAUAAAUGGUUUUAAUGCGUGUCAGACAUUUUUUUAAUUCAGCAGGUUCACGUGCAGUUUAAAUGAAUACCAGAUACAUGUGUGUUUUUUUUCCAAAAAAAGAGGAAGUGGCUUUAAAGGGUUUCUGCUACACACCGUGGUCACGUGUACUUGCCCCUACAUGCAUGUCCACACGCGGGGGCACUGCCCUCUUUUUUAUAUAGAAGAGAAAACAGAGAGACAGAGAAAAAAAGAAGAUUCUGGGAAAUUUGAUUGCCUCACAAAGUGCACGUCAUUUCCUCCUAUGACAAACUGUGGUUUCUGUGUUUCUUAAAAGUUCUCAAAAGAGUGUGAUUAUGACAAGUCGGCGCAGCUCGCCUGUGACACGGAGAGGAGAAUGAGCGGUCAUGUAAAGAGCCUGCGUCUCCAGCAGCCAAUGGGACCGGCCACCACGUUCCUCUCCCUCCUGCUGGUUAUGGCUGUUGAUAUAACAAGAACCGUGGCGGCGAGCAGAAACCCAGAGUGUGGGAAUUCCCUGAAGCGUACUCUGAAGGUCACCUAUCUCCUGCAGAAAGAAACCACGGACCUGAUCAGAACCUAUAAAGCCUCUCAGGGAGAGAUGUCGGAGCUCCUCUGCACUGUGUCCGUCAGCGACAUCCCGGACGCCAUCAUCUCCGGCCUGGAGCCCUCGGAGCGCAUAGCGAGCAUCUACGCGCACCUGAAGGCCUUCGUGCCGCAUUUCAAGCGCGUGUACGAGCAGCAGACGGACCUGCAGCCGCCGGCGAGCCCCCUGAUGUUUGAGCUCUCCACCGUCCGCGCCCGGAGCCGGAACCUGGCCGCCCUGGUCAGCGACUUCUAUCAGGGCCUCUAUCCCAACCUGCCGGUGCCGGAGCCGGCGGGGGGUCCCACAACACUACCGCCCCCCCAGAACGUGUUCCAGCAGAAGGUCUACGGCUGCGCCGUCCUCAAGACGUACAAGAAGCUCCUGUUGAACGUUUCCAGGGAGCUGAGAGACCUGAGAGGCCACGUUUGCAGGAGGAGGAUGGCGGUGAACACGCUCUUCUUCUUCUGAGGAUGAGCUGGUCAGUCACUCCCUGCUUACACUCACUGUGCUGAUAAAGACUUUAGAAGGUGGCUGGUUCAUCAGAGUGUCGGAUUCUAUUUAUGUUAUUUUAUUUAUUAAUUUAUCUUUUGUUUUGGUUAAGAAGAGAUAUUGGAAGAAAAGGUGCAAAGUGUCAUUAUUAUCAUUUUGAAGACUAUAUAUAUAUUUAAACUCUAUAUAUUUCAUAUUUCUGCAAACAUAUUGUACAGGUGACUAUUAAAGAUGCUUUUCAGCUGCA